AAUGAGCUCAACACAGAAGGACCAACAUGGAGCGAGAAGUCAGCGCUCUCAGGAGGCCGACAAACCUCACAGAAGAAAGAGAGAGAAAACAUACACCUGUGACAAGUGUGGGAAGGAUUUUACUGGGAAGACUUCACUAAAACUCCAUCAGGUCAUCCACACUGGAGAGAGACCGUUCAGCUGUGACUUGUGUGGAAAGACUUUUUCCUGGAAGGGUGCCUUAAAAACACACCAACUCAUCCACAGUGGAGUUAAAGCGUACAGCUGUGAUCAGUGUGGCAGAGCUUUUACUCGCAGUAGCAACCUACAGCGGCAUCUAGUUACCCACUCUGGAAUUAAUGCAUACAGCUGUGACAUCUGUGAAAAAACUUUCAGCCGGAUUGAGUGCAGAAAUUUACACCUGCGCAUUCACACCAGACAUGAUGUGUACUACUGUGAUCAGUGUGGCAAACACUUUGCUAAACAUACACACUUACAACGCCACAUGUUUACCCACACUGAGGAGAGACCUUAUAAAUGUGACCUGUGUGAGAAGACUUUUAAAGCUCCACAUUACCUGAGAGAACACCAACAGAUCCACACCAGAAAGAGACUCUACAAGUGCAGUUACUGUGAGAAGCAGAGCGACACAGAUGAAUCCAGUUCUCAACCCUGUCAUCACUGUGGUGGUGGGAAAGACUUUCGUUGUGACCUUUGUGGAAAAACUUUCAGUCACCAAUACACUCUAAAAGUACAUCAACGUAAACACACUGGAGACAAACUGAAAUACUGCAAAGAAUGUGGGAGAAGCUUCACCACAUCAAGUAGAUUAAAACGCCAUGAACUGAUUCACAGUGGGGUUAAAAAGCACCUCUGUGAUCAGUGUGGGUCAUCCUUCAUUACUGCAGGUCACCUUGAAAAACACAAACGAGUCCACACAGGAGAGAAACCAUUUAAGUGCAGAGACAGUGACAAAAGCUUCUCACAAUCAGGUAAUUGUAUUUUCCCUGAACGUGCACACAUGGAAGGAAACUACAGCUGUGACCAGUGUGACAAGAGCUUCAGGAAUCUCAGUUCAUACUCUGAACACAAACGAUCCCACGUUACUAAUAAACUGUUUCACUGUUACCAAUGUGCCCAAACAUUCACGUCAUUGUCUGCUCUGUGCAAACAUCAGCGUGAUCACUCAGGGCUGAAAUCACUCCCAUCACUGGAUCACAGUGAAUCUGAAGAGGCAGAAAAAUCCUCUUGAGGUUUGAGGGUCAAAGUUAACGUCAAUGCUGACAUCACGAUUACGUGAUUAAAAAAUUUUACACAAUUAAUCCGUUCUGGAGCGCAGAAUGACUCAAAAUCCCUGAAAUGUCUCUGUCAAUGCAUUUUAGACAGUUUGUCCAAAGUUUGUGCAUUCUGCGCUCCAGAUGGGUUAAAAAUUGUAAUCGUGUCAAUCUUGAUGACAGCAUUAACAGCAUAUAUGUAAAAACUGAGUGUGAGGGCCCUCGGUGCACCUGCUUGCUGCUGUGCUGACGUCUCACACACAACCUGUUGAAAGGGGAGGGGGCGGGCUGCUUGAUUAUGAUUCAUAUUGUCACUCCAAGCCUAUUAUGUAUCAAUAAUUUUUCCUGGGUUGUGUGAAAUCCCAGAAAAAAACGACACAUCUGCUUACCUGGUAUUGUCCUGAAACAAGAUAACAUUCAUUAGUAGGGAUUGAGAAAACUGCUGUUUACCUUUGUUAGCCACUUGGCUAUGAUAGUAAACAGUAGACAGACAGUAGAGACUGAUGUGACUUAUUGAAUCUUUUGGACUGUGUUCAGCAUAAUAUUAAUGGGCCACUAAUUGGAAGAGCUGUAUUGUUGAUUUGUCUGAUAUUUCAGUGUGUGAUGAAUUAUAAUGACUGUUUGUUAUCCAUUUGCAAAUUCGUUAUGUUUGUGCUUAAAGGCUCUUCACCAUGGGAUUUGCUUCACUUUGCUUUCUCGCUAUAUUCUGUGUGUAAUUUCUUACUGUCCAUAUAAUUCUGUGUAUUAAACUCUGUUCCAAGAAU